AUGUUAAAUGCUUUUCCUCAAAUAUCCCACACAAAUUUAAUCAAUAUACUGAAAGAUAUGCCUGGACCUAAAGACUUAGUUGUAGAACAUAGACUUUUUAAACCCCUUGAAAUGUUCAUCGAUAUGAAAAGCUUAAGGCUUUAUGGGGUGGAAAAGGUAUAUAAACUGCAAGAAUCGAUCAACCCAAUUACCGAUCGGCAGUGUGUCUUUUUGGUGUCGUCUAAUCUACCAGCCACAAAAAUUAUAUGCGAUCUCAUUAACUCGUGUCUAAGUAGGACAAGCAUACCUGAAGAUAUUAUAAAUUAUUCUUGUUCCCAGGUCAAUUGA